GUUAGGAAACAAGCGUUUAUUUGCAAGGAUUAAAACAUGGUCGACUCGUGGAGAAAUCUUUCGCAAACAAUCAGCGAAACAACGUUUAAGUCGUUGGAAGAGCUCAAAUUUGAGAAACCAACUCCUGUACAGGCAGCUUGCAUUCCACUUUUGCUUUCAUAUAAGGAUGUCGCCGCCGAGGCUGUAACUGGAAGCGGAAAAACACUGGCAUUUGUCAUUCCAGUUUUUGAGUUGUUGAGGAAACGUGAAACACCAUUGAAAAAGUUUGAAGUUGGAGCUCUGAUUAUAAGUCCUACACGUGAUCUUGCACAGCAGAUCUUUGAAGUUGUGAGAUGUUUUGGAAAAGAAGUCCCUGAUUUGUCUGUAUCCCUGGUAAUUGGAGGAAAAAAUAACCAUCAAGAAAAUGAGAAUGUUGCCAAUAUAAUUAUUGGGACACCAGGAAGACUAGAAGCCAUGUUUGAGAAGAAGCAGGGUUCACAGGAGUUGGCACGAUGUGUGAAAUCUUUGGAAAUGUUGGUACUAGAUGAAGCUGACAGGUUGUUGGAUCUGGGUUUUGAGGCCAGCAUAAACACUAUUCUUAGUUAUCUACCAAAACAGAGACGGACUGGACUAUUUUCUGCCACACAGACAGCUGAAGUUGAGAAACUGAUCAGGGCAGGACUGAGGAAUCCAGUUAGAGUCUCAAUUAAGGAGAAGGCAAGGACACAAGACAGUUUGUCAGGGGAUGAAAUUCAGAGAACUCCUUCCACACUCAAAAAUUAUUACAUGAUUUUGAACAGUGAUGAAAAAUUAAAUCAGUUAGUGGCAUUUAUACAGAGUCAUAGAAAACAGAAGAUAAUGGUGUUCCUUAGCACAUGUGCUGGGGUGGACUAUUUCUCCAAAAUUUUGCAACCUUUGUUGAAGAAGUCACAAUUGUAUUGUAUCCACGGUAAGAUGAAAAACAGGAAGAAAGUUAUAUCUAGGUUCAAGUCUCAGGGUGGUGGUGUUCUGGUGUGUACAGAUGUGAUGGCACGUGGGAUAGACAUUCCUGAAGUGAACUGGGUCAUACAGUACGAUCCUCCUACGUCUGCUGCUGUAUUUGUACACAGAUGCGGAAGGACAGCACGUAUUGGCAAUGCUGGCAGUGCUGUAGUGUUUUUGACUCCAGAAGAGGAGAGCUUUGUAGAGUUUAUAGAGAUUAAUCAGAAAGUUCCCCUACACAAAAUGGACAAACUUGAAACAGACCAUAACUACUUACCAGAAGUUCAGACCAUGGCAGUCAACGAUAGAGGAGUAUAUGAGAAAGGAAUGAGGGCAUUUGUUAGUUUUGUGCAAUCUUACGCUAAACAUGAGUGUUACAUGAUAUUUCAAAUGAAAAAAAUGGACUUUGGAAGAUUAGCAAAUGGAUUUGGGCUAAUAAAGGCACCAAAAAUGCCAGAAUUGAAAGGCGAAAAAAUGGACAAUUUUUACCCAGUGCCAAUAGACACUAAUGAUAUAGUUUACAGUGACAAGGGGUUAGAAAAACAGAGACAAAUAAAAUUGCAAACAGAGACUGAAAAUAAAAGAAAAAGGUUAACUCGACCUCCAAAAUCUGAGGCUUGGUCUCAGAAAAAGGACCAAAGAGAAAGAAAAAUGAAAAGAAAAGAGAUCAAAGAAAAGAAAAAGGAAAAAAGAAAAGUUGAAUUGACAGAAGAAGACAUAGAUUCUUUAGAGGAUGAUUUUAGGAUGGUGAAAAAGUUAAAGAAUAACAAGGUAGCUUUAGAAGCAUGGGAGUCAUGUUCGGGAACUUCUUUCCAACAAUUUCUGAAAAUGACAAGAUUUCCCAAGAAGAAUUUGACAAGGAAUUUUCUGUAGACAGUGACCCGGAAUUAUGACACGAAAACUGCAAGUCUUUGGUCCUACAAACAUGUACUUAUUUGUAACUUGCUAUUAAAUAAACAAAAUGAAUCAUG